ACUUUAGUUAAUAGCACAAUUCCAAAAAAUCCGGAGGGUAGAGUAGCUACAAUCCAUAGAUCUAGCCUCUAUAACGCUUGAAUUUUUUUUAUUUAAGAAACAGACCAUACAUAACCUUAUUAGUGUGUAGUAUAUUUAUUCAACAAAAUGUUGUUUUAUUCGUUCUUCAAGUCUCUAAUUGGUAAAGAUGUAGUUGUUGAACUUAAAAAUGAUUUGAGUAUUUGUGGGACGUUGCAUUCUGUGGAUCAGUAUUUAAAUAUAAAAUUAACUGAUAUAAAUGUAACUGAUACGGAAAAGUAUCCUCAUAUGCUCUCCGUAAAAAAUUGUUUUAUAAGAGGUUCCGUUGUCAGAUAUGUUCAGUUACCUGGAGACGAAGUAGAUACUCAACUUUUACAAGACGCUGCAAGAAAAGAAGCUUCAGCACCCACUAGAUAAGCCCAAAAUAUUUCAUAAUUAAGUUAUUGUUAAUAAAUGAUUCCAGUAUA